AUGAAACUGAAUAAGCUCAUAACAGUCACUUUAACAAUUUUCUUGUUAUUUCAUUCAUGCCAUGCUAGAGCAUUGAAUGCUGAAUAUAAUGUGAAUGUGAAGUGUACGAUUGGAGUGGUGGCUGCAGGAACUUCUGUUGGAGGAUCGGCUGGCCUUUCAAUUGGAGCUUUAAUGGGAUCAUUCUUAUUUCCUGGACUGGGAUUGAAUGGAGGACUGGUAAUUGGAUUGAUACUUGGAAGUUCAAUUGGAUCUGGCGGAGCUGGAAUUAUUUCGCAAAGGAUUUGUGAUGAAAGUGCUGAUCUUCAUUGA